AUGGCUGCACAGUCAGCACCGAAGGUUGUGCUAAAGAGCACCACCAAGAUGUCUCUGAACGAGCGCUUUACUAACAUGCUGAAGAACAAACAGCCGAUGCCAGUGAAUAUUUGGGCUACCAUGCAGCAGCAGCAGCAGCUAGCCAGGGCCAGAAACAGAAGACUGGCCCAGCAGAUGGAGAAUAGACCUUCUGUCCAGGCUGCUUUGAAGCUCAAACAGAGCUUAAAGCAACGCCUCGGUAAAAGUAACAUUCAGGCACGAUUAGGCCGGCCGGUGGGAGCCCUUGCUCGCGGAGCCAUGGGAGGAAGAGGACUGUCCAUGGGGCAGAGAGGCUUGCCCCGAGGAGCCAUGCGUGGUGGCCGGGGAGCGAGAGCUCUGCUGAGAGGAGGAAUCCCACUCAGAGGUCAGAGCCUGCUUCGUGGAGGACGAGGGAUGUCCCCCAGGAUGGGCCUGAGAAGAGGUGGCAUUCGAGGUCGUGGCGGCCCUGGACGGGGUGGUCUGGGCAGAGGCGCCAUGGGCCGCGGAGGGCUUGGUGGCAGAGGUGAUCUUGGACGGAAGCGGCGCGGGGAGCUGACGCAGCACGGCAGAACCCGAAGUCGCGGCAGAGGACGGGGACGAGGAAGAGGAUCGGCGCGGCCUGCGUUGACCAAGGAGCAGCUGGACAACCAGUUGGACGCCUACAUGUCUAAAACGAAAGGACACCUCGACGCCGAGCUGGAUGCUUACAUGGCUCAGACAGACCCGGAGACAAACGACUGA